ACCCUAACACAAAACCCACACCUUCCGCCGCCUCUCUCUCUUUCUCGGGAGCCCUCAAAAAAAGACGGCGGCUUCCCAUCCCCCCAUGGCUUCGCACAUCGACUUCCGCUACCUCGACGAGGGCCUCGGCGGCGCGCGCGGCAAGCGCAAGCGCCGGGAGGAGGAGGAUGAGGCGGCCGCCGCCGAGUCCAUGGACGUCGACGCCGAAGCCCCCCGGCCCUCCAAGCUCCGCGCCGUCCCCUCCCUCUCCGACCCCUCCAAGCCGGCCGGCUUCGGGCAGCCCACCUACGACGGCGUCAUCGCCGGGCGCGUCUCGGGGCGGAACUGGAAGGAGCCCCGCACGCGCCGCUCGUCCGCGCUCAUGGUCUCCCGGAAGCCCGUCCCGCUCGAGCAGCGCGUGCGCGGCAAGUCCCUCAAGAAGGCCUACCAGGCGCGCAAGGCGGAGCUCAAGGAGGAGAUCCGCCGGAACAAGGCCGCCAAGCGCACCAGGCGCCAGGAGCGGGAGAAGCUCAAGAAGGAGAACGUCCUGCGCACGGGAUCCAAGCUGCAGAAGGUGACCAACCCCAAGACCAUCCAGAAGAUCGCCAAGUCCAAGAAGCGCCACCAGCUCAAGGUCGUCUCCGAUGAGAUCUUCGGCAAGAAGAAGUCGGAGGACGCCCGCCGUAUGCAGGUGCCUGGCUUGGAGAACUGAGUAGCCACCUAUCCCUUUUCCUUUUUUCUCGCAUUGUGUCAUGUCGAAUUUUGUACUACUGCUGCUUUUCUUUCUGUUGCCGUGAGCUCUGCUCUUAUGACCAAUCGAACGCUUACAAUGAGUGGAAAUUUUGGCAGCAGUAGCUCUCUUUAACAAGGGUAAGUCAAAAAAAGCUUGUCGACUGAA